UGGGAGUAAUAGCAUAGGAAUUUUAGAAUAGCCGUGCAACGUCCACAACGUCUGCGUAACUGUCUCGUAUAACUCUCACCAGGUGGAAACACAUGUAAGGAAGGCUAGCAGUUUGAGUAGGUGCAAGUCAGUAUUAAAAUUAUAAUAAUUAUUCAACAUAAUGGAAGGUGAAGAAGAUUACACUGCAGCCAAUGCUGGAGCGUCAGCAACUUACCCAGUACAAUGCUCAUCACUUCGUAAAAAUGGGUUUGUUAUGUUAAAAGCUCGACCAUGUAAAAUCAUGGAAAUGAGUACUUCCAAGACAGGCAAACAUGGUCAUGCCAAGGUGCAUCUUGUAGGACUUGAUAUUUUUACUAAUAAGAAAUAUGAAGAUUUAUGUCCCUCUACACAUAAUAUAGAUGUACCAAAUGUUAAUCGUUGUGAUUUUCAACUCAUUGACAUUAGUGAUGAUGGCUUUGUGACUUUAAUGAAUGACAAAGGAGAAACCCGUGAUGAUCUCAGAAUCCCAGAGGGAGAAUUGGGACAAAAGAUAAAAGACGAAUUUGGUAAAGAAGAUAUCACAGUGAUAGUUACAGUACUUUCAGCUGUUGGUGAAGAAGCUAUUGUUGCUUGCAAGAAUGCCAGUUAAAUGAAAAAUAAAUAUGAAAAUUGUUACUGGGGAGCAUUUUUUUCCUAUCUUGCUUCUGUGUUUAAAACAAAAAAUAAAGCAUUCCCUUCAAUUCUCACAAUGCUUCAGUUCAGAAAUUUAUAGAAUUAUAUGAUGAAAAUUUUGGGAAUAGUGUUCUAGGAAACAGCUUUAACAUUUAAUUCAAAAUAUAUAUAUAACAACAUAAAUUUAAAAUUCAAACUGCUGACAUACAACUGAUAUUUUUUAAGAAAAUUGCUUGGACAUUUAGUGUUAAUGGCACUUUGUCACAAUUUCAUGUUUCUAAGUGUAUGUUCAACUAAAUGUUACUACAUGAAAGCCUUGUAAUGCGUGCAGGAAUUUUUGAAAUUCUCUCAAUUUAAAACUGAUCUAAUUCAUGUAUGUGUAAAAAUACCAUUCUGGGUGCUAAAUUUUAUUUUAAUGUAAUUGAAGGAGCUGUUUGUUAUAUGGUUAAUUGACAGCAAAUUUUUCACAAAUGUGUUCUUCAGUAAUAAAUAAUUUGAAUUGUGUUUUGUACUUUUGUUACAUUUUCCCCCCAUCUGUGCAAUAGAACUUCUGUAGCAGCUGAAUUAAUGUUUGUAAUUAUAGCUAAUUUAUUUCUAAAGCAACUGUUGCUUUCCUGCCCCCUGUGUAACAUUCAGUCUGCAACUCAGUCAGUUGUCAGUUUUUUCCCCCAAAAUUUGUUUUUAAUUUGGAAAUUGAUAUAUUUUUUCCCUACUGACUGAGCUGUACUGUACACUGUUUUAUAAUCUAGAAGUGAGUUUGAAGCAUAUACGAAAUUGCUGUAUUUCAAAACAUUCAUAUGCAGAUAUAGUCUGCUGGAAGCAAACUUCAGAACUAUUUUUUAUACAUUUUAAAUUUUGGUCCAUAGUUUCAUAUUCGUUUAAAAUUUUUAGGUCUAAGGUAAAGAAACCUGUGUUAGUAAAAAUACUAUUUUAAAUAAGAUAAUGCUGGAAUAUAUUUGCUAUAUUUCCUUCUCUGCAAAAUAAAUUCUUUUGCAUGUUUUUUAAAAAUUGAGCAAAUUUUUUUAUCAGCACUUUGCAUUGUUUCAUUAUUUCAUAUUUUAGUUAAGUUCUUAGUUUGCUUUUUCAGCAAUUUCUAAUGUACGGGUUUUUUUUAUCAAAUUUCAGUUAAAAUGUGGUAUUGCAAUCAGAAAUGUAUUUUUAUCUGUCAUAUAAACUUUUGUUUAAGGAAGUUAAGGUUGAUGUUUUUUAAAGCAAUCAUUGUAAUAGUGGAGUUUAAGUUUGAUUAAUAAAAUGUCCUUUUUUAAAGGUU